GGUAACCUUGUCCUCCUCCUCCUCCUCGUCCUCCUCGUCCUCCUCGUCCUCCCCCCUCAGUAUGAGCUGGAGAUCUCCCGGCUGAAGGAGCGUCUGCGGGUGUCCGGCCGGCGUCUGGAGGAGUACGAGCGGCGGCUGCUGGCUCAGGAGCAGCAGAUGCAGAAGCUGCUGCUGGAGUACAAACACCGUCUGGAGGACAGCGAGGAGCGUCUGAGGAGACAGCAGGAGGAGAAGGACAGCCAGAUGAAGAGCAUCAUCUGCAGGUACGACAAGCUCCGCCCCUCUGGGAAACGCAGG